CGGAGUUAUGGCGGCGCCAGUGGAGGGAACUUCAAAAGUUAACAGAUCCUGCUAAAUAGAGUCAAUCUAUCCUCAUGUAUUAACAGUGAAAACUACAAGAAACGCGUGAGCUCAGAUACCAUUCCGGGCGCUUCAUCAUAACAUAACAGAUCUGUAACCCAAAGACAAAGAUCCAGACUGGUGACCUAAGAUGACCAGAGCAGGUUCCCUGCAGCAGCGUCCUCUAGCAGGGUGCAGCGACCCAGACAUCCGGCUGGUUCCCCUGCCCGCCCCGGUGCCCCUGGUCCCCGCUAGCCCCCUGCGGUGUCCGGAACUGGACCUGUCCCUUCCCCUCAGCCCCGACCCGCCACGGCCCAAUCCGGCUAGCCUGCUGAGAGGACGCAGCCACCGGCAGGUGCGAUUUGCCUCCGAGGAGCCUGUGGUUGUCACGGUGAUAGCAGAGCCUAGCAACGACCCUCCACCUUGGCAACGCCCUGGACACUCCAGCAGUUACUCAAAGGGCAAAGGACUCCAUGGUGGAGCUCUGCGUAGGAGGGCAAGGUCAGCAACCAAUGAGGAGGCUCCCUGUGAGGAGAGGGGUGGCAGCCUCCCUGAAGGGGCGGAGUUAAAUACUACUCUGGCUCUGAGGGCUGAGCUAGAUGACAUGGCAGGGGCAGAGUUUAACUCCCAGAAGGCUGUGCAGGAGCAACUGCAGAAGUCAACCAGAACCAAGAACAGCAUCAGCGCCCGGGUUACAGAGGGGGUGAAUGUCCCUCCAUCCCAGCACCUCUACAGGGCAUUGGUCAGUGUGAAUGUGGAGGAGGAGGAGCUUAUCAGCCAGGCUCUACGUGACAGGCUGCAGCUGGUCCCGCCCACAUGCAGCCAUGGCAACAAGAAAGAGGACGGUCCUGACCUGCAGGUUUUCUUCAGAGGGGAUCUGCUGAGAGAGAAGCCCCUCCUACCAGGGGAGGAGAUGACCAUGCCACGCCCAAAGCCCAUCCCACGACCCGCACACACAACCUUUGACCUCUACCACAGACAAACAUGCUGGGAGGCCGGACCCUGACACACACACAUACUCUGAAUCUCUAGACUGAAAGGCCCAAUACUUAAGAAAAGCAUUAUUCCUUAUUUCCCUUCCUACUUCCGUCAUUCUCUGAUGUAAAUAUUGUAUUUUAAACUAAUUUAAGAUAUUAAAGGAAUUAACCUGAA